GUUUGUCUGUAAGGAGUGUUUGUUGGCGAGGUGACCAUCUGGUUGGAACACAGGACAGUGAAAUUUUUGAAAUUGUGGUGAUGAAAGAAACAAACUUUCCUGAUUAUGAAGGGCAUUGUGAAGGUGAACUUUCACUUGCCGUCCAUCCUACUAAACUUGGCUGUGACUGGAAGUAUGAUCGUUCAGUCAGGAUAUGGAGCCUAGUUGAUCAUGCACUUAUAGCAAGGUGUAAUAUGGAAGAACCAAUUCGUUGUGCAGCUGUAAAUGUAGAUGGGAUCCAUCUUGCCCUUGGAAUGAAGGAUGGCUCGUUCACUGUGCUUAGAGUAAGAGAUAUGACGGAAGUUGUACAUAUUAAAGAUCGGAAGGAGGCAAUUCAUGAGUUAAAAUAUUCACCAGAUGGAACUUACCUUGCUGUUGGAUGCAAUGACAGCUCAGUUGAUAUUUACGGAGUUGCUCAGCGUUAUAAAAAAUUUGGGGAGUGUGUCGGAUCACUCAGUUUCAUCACUCACCUGGACUGGUCUUCAGACAGUAGAUAUUUACAGACAAAUGAUGGAAAUGGUAAAAGACUUUUCUAUAGGAUGCCAGGAGGAAAAGAAGUGACAAAUAAAGAAGAAAUAAAAGGUGUUCAUUGGGCUUCAUGGACAUGCGUUUCUGGCCUUGAAGUAAAUGGAAUUUGGCCCAAGUAUUCAGAUAUCAAUGAUAUAAACUCAGUAGAUGGAAACUAUAUUGGCCAAGUUUUAGUAACUGCUGAUGACUAUGGAAUUGUAAAAUUAUUUCGAUAUCCUUGUUUAAGAAAAGGGGCCAAGUUUAAAAAAUAUAUUGGCCAUUCGGCUCACGUAACUAAUGUAAGAUGGUCACAUGAUUAUCAGUGGGUUAUUUCUAUUGGUGGAGCCGAUCACUCUGUCUUUCAGUGGAAGUUUAUUCCUGAAAGAAAACUCAAAGAUGCUCUUCACAUAGCACCCCAAGAAAGUCUGGCUGACUCUAAUACUGAUGAAUCAGAUUCAGAUCUAUCUGAUGUUCCAGAACUGGAUUCUGAAAUUGAACAGGAGACACAGCUCACCUAUCGUCGGCAGGUUUACAAAGAAGAUCUACCUCAGCUUAAAGAACAAUACAAAGAGAAACAAAAAAGUGGCACUUCUAAAAGAAGAGAACGGGCUCCAGGAAAUAGUAUUCGAUUGCACUUUGUUCACGGUUACAGAGGUUAUGACUGUCGAAGUAAUCUGUUUUAUACUCAAAUUGGUGAAAUUGUGUACCAUGUGGCAGCAGUGGGUGUCAUUUAUAAUCGACAGCAGAACACACAGCGCUUUUACCUGGGUCAUGAUGAUGAUAUUCUCUGCCUGGCUCUUCAUCCUUUGAAAGACUAUGUGGCAACAGGCCAGGUAGGUAGGGAUCCCACAAUUCACAUAUGGGAUACAGAGACCAUUAAACCAUUGUCGAUAUUAAAGGGCUACCACCAAUAUGGUGUCUGUGCUGUUGAUUUCUCAGCGGAUGGGAAACGUUUGGUUUCAGUUGGAAUAGAUGAUAGCCACACCAUUGUGCUGUGGGACUGGAAAAAGGGAGAGAAACUUUCACUAGCAAGAGGAAGUAAAGAUAAGAUUUUUGUUGUAAAGAUGAACCCGUACGUGCCUGACAAAUUAAUUACAGCCGGAAUUAAACACAUGAAAUUUUGGCGUAGAGCAGGGGGAGGAUUGAUUGGAAGAAAAGGCUACGUAGGCACACUGGGGAAAAAUGACACAAUGAUGUGUGCAGUGUAUGGAUGGACUGAAGAGAUGGCUUUUUCUGGAACAUCCACAGGAGACGUGUGUAUCUGGAGAGAUGUCUUUCUUGUAAAAACAGUUAAAGCACAUGAUGGGCCAGUGUUCAGUAUGCAUGCAUUGGAGAAAGGAUUUGUAACUGGAGGAAAAGAUGGGGUGGUAGCUCUUUGGGAUGACUCUUUUGAAAGAUGUCUAAAGACCUAUGCUAUAAAAAGAGCUGCUUUGGCCCCAGGAUCAAAAGGUCUUCUCUUGGAAGAUAACCCAUCUAUACGUGCGAUAUCAUUAGGACAUGGUCACAUUUUAGUUGGCACAAAGAAUGGUGAAAUACUCGAAGUGGAUAAAAGUGGCCCAAUAACGCUUCUGGUCCAGGGGCAUAUGGAAGGAGAAGUAUGGGGUUUGGCUACACAUCCUUAUCUGCCCAUCUGUGCUACUGUAAGUGAUGAUAAAACUUUAAGAAUAUGGGAUCUCUCUCCUAGUCAUUGUAUGUUGGCUGUCCGGAAACUGAAAAAGGGUAAGUGGCUCUCAGAUUUGAGUGUAAAUUGUCACAAUUUUCUAACCUUUACAAAUGUAAGACAGUGAUAGUAGGUAUAUAAAAAAAGAGUUCAGUUCCCUUUUGUGGCUCAGCAGGUUAGGAACCAACAUUGUCUCUGUGAGGUUGCUGGUUUGAUCUCUGGCCUCGUUCAGUGGGUUAAGGA